CUCUUGCGACUCACAUGGUGGAUCUGGAUUAUGAUAGUUCCUGGAUAUUAUAGGCUCCUAAUUUUGGAAGGUGACAUCUCCACCAUGUCCACCGCCGCUGCUGGAAGAAUAAUCAAUUCUUAACUUUUCUUUGUAACAUUUGCCAGUCACUGGUCCAACCUGCUAUUCAAUGGACUCAAACACUUUGUUGAAGGUAAUCGACUCAUUGUCUAUCCUCCACCCUUUGUGUUGAUCCAUUGAAUUGUGGUAUAUUGUAAACGGAUCCAACUUAGAAAGUACAGUGAAGUUUGAUCUACUUGGACCUAAAUCUAACAUAAUUCGAUCAUAUUCAAAACCACAUAGAGAUCAGCUUUAACUUCAGUAAUCCCCUUGAAGUUGACCAAACUUAAGACCUGGCAUUUCCAUGUAUAGAUUUUUUUUUUCCAUGUUUGGUUUUUUUAGUCCUAUGAAAGUUCCGUCAUCAAUUCAUUCUCGUAAGAUCUAUUUUUCUGUACUGCAAAUAGUGGAUGCAUAACAUUUAAAUUGCAAGUGUUCUGAAUGCAUGACAUUCAAAUUAGCAGAUGUCUUGCUCUUUGCAUAGGUUCCAAAAUAGUUUUAGAUUUCGAGGCAGGGUAAAGGGUGGAAGGGGCUUUGGCAUCUCACCCAUGUAUAGAUUCUUUAAAGGUUCAGAUGGGAGACUUGAUCUCGAGUUCAGAUCCAAGUAUGAAUUGGAGUGGAUUUUCUACCUUUUAUCAGCCAGGCAGGGUUAGCGAACCGGGUUUCAUGUGAAAACCGAGUCGCCAAGGUCGUCCUCGGCUCAUUGAGUCAGUGGGCCCCAGAAUCGGACUGCUCGACCACUGGAGUUCGUAGUUUUGGAUAAUGGCGACGAUACGAACUGCCAAACUGCAGAGGGCAACAGAUCACGAAAAAAUACCAGGAUUUCUCCGUCGACGGGAAAGAACGCUCCACGCGACCAUGCUCGCCCACGGCGCGGCGAUCCCCGCUGCCGCGCUCAUCCGCCCAAAAUUCCGCCUCGGCCACCGCCUCACUGUCCGGUGCCAAGCGGAGCCGCCGCUAUCGGCCGCUCGACCUGCGCCUCUCGUCCAGAAUCUCACGAUCUCCGACCCGGACCUCGCGUCCCGUGGCUUCGUCGUCCACCGCUCCCCGGCGGGGCUCGACCUGGACGAGCUCAAUUCCGUCUUCGCGCGGGUCGGGUUCCCCCGCCGGCGGCCGGACAAGAUCGCGAAGGCGCUGGAGCACACGCCCACGGUGCUCUGGAUUGAAGACACGCGGUCCAGCAAGCCGGUCGCGUUCGCAAGGGCGACGGGGGACGGCGUGUUCAACGCCAUCAUCUGGGACGUCGUUGUCGAUCCAAGCUUCCAGGGCCUCGGGCUCGGGAAGGCGAUCAUGGAGCGGGUGGUGGGAGACCUCCUGGAAAUGGGCAUCGUCAACAUCGCGCUCUACGCAGAGCCCCAGGUGCUCGGGUUCUACCGCCCGCUGGGGUUCUGCGCCGACCCAGACGGCAUCAGAGGGAUGGUCUACUCCGCCAAGAACAAGAACAAGCAGUAAUCGAUCGAAGCUACUGACCGAGAGCAGCAACUGCAUUUGCAGAAGAUCUUGAUUCGCGGCAUCCUUCUGGGAAUGACGGUGGUGUCAUCGCCUCGCCUGCGGCUUUCUUCCUCUUCCGGGUAUGGACCUACUUGGUCCUGGAUAUUGCGAUUUUGGGGCAUGUUUCAUCUUUGCACAUUUGAUCCUUGGAAGAAGUAAUAUACACGAAUUUCAGGUUUUCCUUGGAAAUAUCAUGUUCCCGGAAUUUCUCUUCUUUGGUUUGGGUGGGUGUAUCCUGGAUCUAAAGGAAACGUCCAUGUUCGGAUGUUGA